AUGACUAUUUCCAAGCCUCAACUCCAGCGAUUAUCUGUAGAUGCAGACGUCCCCCUUAUGUGCAAACUGCUUGAGGAGGAUGGGGCUUUUAUUUUGAAGAGCGCACUUUCACUUGACAUAGUUGAAAGCUUCAACCGCGAACUUGACGUGCAGAUGGCAAUCCCACCGACUAAGGGAGAGAGACUCCUCGCCAACGCAUACCCACCACACUUCAAGUACGUCCCGAACCUCCCAACGACAUGCGGGACGUUCCGCAAUGUCAUUCUUAACAAUCCGGUCCUUCACGCCAUUUGUGAGGCCUACUUCGAGCAUACCGGGGAUUACUGGCUCAGCACCGCCUUUAUGAGGUCAAUCGAUGCAGGAAUGCCCGCACAGGGUUGGCAUCGGGACGAUGCCACCCACCCUCUGAUGCAUUACCAACCUAUGGAUGCACCCCCAAUUUCUCUCAGCGUCAUAUUUCCCCUGACAAAGUUCACUGAAGAGAACGGCGCGACGGAGAUCAUCCUCGGCAGCCAUCGGUGGGACGAGGUCGGCACGCCUUCACACGAUCAGGCUGUGCUGGCAACCAUGGAUCCAGGCGAUAUUCUCGUGCUGCGACAGCGCGUAGUCCACGCCGGCGGCCCGAACAAUACAACAGAUGAAGACCCACGACGGGUGGUUCUCGCAUACUUCAAUAGCUGCCAGUUAACGCCAUUCGAGACAUACAGGACAAUGCCUCUUGAGAUGGUUGAAUCUAUGACCCCUCUCGCGCAGAGGAUGCUCGGCUGGUGGACUAUGAAGCCUGCUGAUCCCAAUAUCGUGGGCAUCAAUAUUACGGACGACAAGCGACUUGAAAAGGUGCUGCAGUUGAAGUCCAACCAGUAG